AUGAGUGACUCUGUUCGAGUUGCUGUUAUUGGGGCUGGUAUCAGCGGAGUGGUCACUGCUGGGCAUCUUCUGGCUGCCGAGAUUCAGGUGACGGUUUUUGAGAGAAACAAUGCAGCUGGUGGAGUUUGGCUUUAUGAUAAGCGUACUCCCAUCGAAGCACAGUACCCAUCACCGAGACCGUCUGCCUCACAGGAAUACGUGAAGGAUGAGAGGGAAGACAACGAAAGAAAGGUCUUGCUUCACGCACCUCCAGGGCCUUGUUAUGAAAGUCUCACGAAUAAUGUCUCGACCCCUUUACUACAGACGAAACUCAACGCAUGGCCAGAAGGGACUGCCCCUUUUGUGAAGCACCAUGUACUCAAGGAAUAUAUUCAAGAUACGUCUAGCAAGGCCGGUGUUGAUGAUAUAACCAAGUUUGGCGCCAGAGUCACCCGAGUUCAUAAGGAUGGGCCAACAUGGACAGUUCACUGGACCACUUUGAGUGAAGAUCAAUAUCCCAUUGAGAAUAAGGAAUCUGCCACGUUUGAUUCGGUUAUUGUUGCCUCGGGUCAUUAUCAUACGCCUCUCAUCCCGAACAUACGGGGUUUACCAGAAGCAAAAGCUCGAUGGCCCGAGAGGAUCUUUCAUUCAAAGUCUUUUCUGUGGAGUGACACUGGACUGACUAAACUGCAGAAUGUUCUAUUGCUCGGUGGCGGCGUUUCUUCCCUCGACAUAGCCAUUGAAAUCAGUGGAACCGCAGAACAUGUGUAUCAAAGCACUCGAAAUGGCGCCUUUGACCUCCCCGAAAGUGCACUUCCAGAGAACGCCUCGAGAAUUGCCGAGGUCGAAGCAUUCGAACUCUCCACAUCGACAUCCGCAAAUAUCGAGCACUUACCCUUAACCGUACAUCUGAAAUCCGCGAAGACCUUGCACAAUAUAGAUACAAUUAUCCUCUGCACAGGAUACCAAAUGGCACUUCCAUUCCUCGACGAAUACAACGAUUACAGCGCGUCGGCCGCUGAGGCAAAUGACAGGGUACUUGUCACGGACGGCACUCAAGUCCACAACUUGCAUCAAGACAUUUUCUACAUCCCAGAUCCCACGCUUGCGUUCGUCGGGAUCCCGUUUUACACUGCGACGUUCUCGCUAUUCGAGUUUCAAGCUAUCGCCGUGACAGCCUUCCUAUCUGGAGUUGCGAAGCUUCCAUCUUCUACAAGUCUCCGGACGGAAUAUGAGAAUCGCGUCAAAGAGAAGGGGCUUGGACGGAGUUUUCAUUCACUCAAGGACCAGGAGCAACCUUAUGUUGAAGAGUUAAUUAAAUGGGUCAAUACUGGAAGAGCUGAGCGUGGUUUGUCUUUGAUUGAGGGUCAUACUAAGACCUGGAUUAAAGAGAGAGCGGCUUUGAGUGAGAGACUUAAGUUGAUUCUGGCAGGGAAGCUUUCUCGGGCAGAUAUUCUCAAAAGUCCAUUGGAAGUGGAAGUGGCUGCGUGA